AUGGACUGGUUCCAACGAGUUUUCACAGUGUCGCCGUCUCGAGAAAAACAAAUUGAGGAGAGCUUAGUCUUUAACAAAGAAGGACUACUAGAAUUUGCUUCUGACGAUCCUGAGAAUCCUAAAAACUAUUCUUUCGCACGCAAAUGCUACAUCACAGCUGUCGCCAUUUCGUUGGUCAUGAACGCUACAUUUUCGUCGUCUGCGCCCUCCGGGUCUUUUCAGGGCGUCAGCGAUGAGUUGCACGUGUCGGCUGAAGCUGCUGGUCUCGUCACAACUCUGUUCCUGCUGGGAUAUUGUGCAGGUCCACUAUUUUGGGCACCGCUUUCAGAAUUCUAUGGUCGUCGUCUGAUUUUUUAUAUAUCCUUCACAUUGUAUCUCGCGUUUGGCUUCCUGUGUGCCUUUACUCCCAAUUUUGCAGGUUUGAUUGUCGGCCGCUUUCUCGCGGGAACAGCCGCUAGUGCAGCGUUAACGAACGCACCUGGAAUUUUAGCAGACAUCUGGGGGCCUAAAGAGCGUGGGAAUGCUAUGAUUUUGUUCGCAACUAUGACGUUUGUGGGCCCUGCAUUGGGACCUGUAGUAAGCGGGUUUUUGCAAGUAACAAAAAAUUGGCGAUGGACGUUUUACGUGCUUUUAUGGAUGGCCGGAAUCACUGAGUGUCUUCUUAUGACACUUCCAGAAACAUUGCCAAUGAUGGUCUUGCGUAACAAAGCCAGGCGUCUGCGGAAAAUACCCGGAAACGAACAUGUGUAUGCUCCAGUAGAAGCGUCAGAUCGUUCCUUGACACGAAUUUUCAAAGUGGCCCUGACACGGCCCUGGAGACUUCUCAUUGAUCCGAUUAGUUUUUUCGUGGCCAUUUACUACUCCAUUGUUUACACCAUGCUUUACAUGCUGUUUGCAAUCUAUCCGAUUGUAUUUCAGCAAAAACGUGGCUGGAACGCCGGAGUUGGCGAGUUACCUCUUAUCGGAGCGGUAAUUGGAGCAUGUAUUGGUGGACUGGCGCUUUACAUUCAUAGCCGGCUUCAGCAAAGAAAAUUUGCUCGUCGAAAACCGGUUCCAGAAGAUAGACUUGAGGGCGCAAUGGCUGGCGGCGUUAUGUUUGUUGUGACUAUUUUUUGGUUUGCGUGGACCGCAGAGUACAAUUCGGUACAUUGGGCUGUGCCUACAGUAGCGGGAACGUUUCUUGCUACUUCGAUUUUGCUCAUUUUUGUCACAUUCAUCAACUACAUCAUAGACUCGUACUUGAUAUUUGCAGCGUCUGCAGUUGCAGCAAACACGGUGUUGAGGUCUGCAACUGCGGCUGCGUCGCCGCUUUUCACGCAGUACAUGUUUGACACACUGGGGGUGGGUGGUGCUGGAUCACUAAUUGGCGGUGUAGGCUUGGUGUUGAUGCCUAUACCUUUUGUAUUUUACAAGUAUGGUGCGGCGAUCCGGGCGAGAUCCAAAUUUGCGCCCACCGACGAGACUGGUGGCUACAAGGUGUGA